GCGUGUUCUAUUUGUGCGUGGGCACUGCACACUGUGCAGCCACCCUUAAAGCCCACAUCACUGCUGAUUUGGAGCAGUUUAAGACUGGGGAAGCUUGUCUAUCACCUUUUGCCAUUUAGAACUUCUGCAUUCUCCUCCCACUGCAACAACAUCUGCACACAAAUGCGGACUACCUAACGUGGAUAUAGCACCCACUCAGUGUGCGCUCUUGUUGUUGUUUUUUUGUCCGAUGGAAACUUUCCCCUCCACAUCAGCCAUGGCAAAGUGGUUCAUGCACACGCUGCCUGUGUUGAUGCUCCUGCAGAGCACUUGGAGUAGAAUGUCCGUGGACGUGCGAGGUCCGAGCGGCCACUCUGCGCCGGAGCAGCGCGUCUUUACGCACGCAAGCAUGGUCUCCGCCAGCAUGCUGGAAGUCUACGAGAGAUACAGCAAGGACCCACGCACCCACAGAGAGGGGAACACCGUGAGAAGCUUCACAGCUGUCCCGAAAGCGUCGCACGGAAAAGAAAUGUUCCAGUUCAACUUAUCGUCCAUCCAAAACUCUGAGGUCAUCCUCUCUGCCUCCUUCCACUUCUUCUGCACACGUCAAUGCCACCGUCUGUGGCGUUCCCGUCGCCGCCAUCCUCUGGUCCUCUUCCAUGGAUUGUUGUCCAACAAUCUGCUGGGAAACGCCACUCUGAGCUCCUUUAAGAAAGGAGCCUGGCAGUCAGUGGACAUCACAAGCGUAGUCCAACAAGGCAAAGAUCGGGUCAUCAUGGUGGAGUCCGAUUUCAUUUUAGCAGGAAUGCGACAGAGGAGUCCCAACGACCAGGAGCGUCUCUCUUCGGACGAUUUGCCUUUUUUAAUCCUCUACGCCGAUGACCAGGCCAUAAAUGAGCCCAACAGCGUGGCCGCCACGCUCCUAAGGUACAAACCCUUAAGAGUGGAGGAAGAUGCAUCAUCCUCAAGAACCCGAAGGGAGCUCCAUCUCCAAAUCCAAACCAAUGACAUCCCAGAGGUUCAGUUCGGCACCUUGAAGAACCACGAACUGUGGCAAAGCACUUUUUUCCCUGGCAAAUCCAAAGCCAAAGCAGGAAGGAAGCAGCACCAGGAGGACCGGGAGGCCCUGGGAAAACAGCAGGUGCUGAGCUUUGACGAGAGGACAAUGAAGAAGGCCAGGAGGAGACAGUGGAGUGAGCCCAGGGUUUGCUCAAGGCGCUACCUCAGGGUGGACUUUGCUGACAUUGGAUGGAGCGAGUGGGUUUUAGCGCCAAAGUCAUUUGACGCCUACUACUGCGCUGGUUCUUGUGGAUUCCCCAUCCCUAAGGUGGUACGUCCCUCCAAUCACGCCACCAUCCAGAGCAUCGUCAAAGCUGUGGGAAUCGUGCCGGGUAUUCCAGAACCAUGCUGCGUACCAGAAAAGAUGAGUCCUCUCAGUGUGCUUUUCCUGGACCCCACUAGGAAUAUGGUCCUCAAGGUUUACCCGGGCAUGUCUGUGGAUACCUGUGCCUGCCGGUAGGAGCCGAUCAGAUCACCCAUCUUUUAUUUUUUUCCUUCCUACAAACUGCCGUUCAGCGAUGACAACAAGUAUUUUAUUUUUAUGACUCCUGGAAAGCUUUGGAGACUGAUGUCAAAAACUGAAUCACAUAACAUUAGGUUAUGUCAUUUCAACUUACAUCCAUCCAUCCAUGUUCUACCGCUUGUACUUAACUAACCUUUAUAUAUAUAUAUAUAUAUAUAUAUAUAUAUAUAUAUAUAUAUAUAUAUAGUUAUUACUGCAUGAGAGGUAAUGAUUGUGUGUUUAUUAUUAUCUGCAUUUUUACAGCGAGUUUGGGCCUCAGGCUGCAACACCAGGAAAGAACUUGUGUGUUGCUGCCACCUGCUGUGCAUUUUUAACAUUGCAGGGGCUGCAGCAAUGGCGCUUGCUGAAGCUAUUCACUUUAAUGCAUUGAUAAUUUUCUAUCCAUUACAAUGUGUACAGUUUUUUAAUGUGUACAGAAAAUAGUAUAAAACUCUAAUUGUAUAAUCACAUAUUAUUGCAGUAAUUUAAGUUGUUGCUUAUACUGUAAUCUGACGCUUGAUUAAUUCUACGGUAGAAACAGCGUGUGUGCUUAUCAAGGUAUUAAAGUAAUUUUAAUUUA